CCAUAGUGCCCUACAAGCCAAUAGACGAGGGGGUGUCCAUUUAUAUAUUUCGUUCGUUCGUUCGAUCGAUCGAUCGAGAGAGAGAGAGAGAGAGAGAAUGGUGAGGGAGGUAGCUGAGAGUUGUGUGGAGAGUCUUCUGACCGAGAUCGUCUCUCAGUACUGCAAUGGCAUCUACGCCAACAAGCCCGACCUCGCCGCUCGGAGGAUCGAGGCCAUCGGCUAUCAGGUCGGUCACCAGCUCUCCGAGAGGUAUACAAUGGAGCGGCCACGGUUCAGUGAUCAUCUAGAAGCAAUCAAGUUCAUUUGCAAGGACUUUUGGUCUGAGCUCUUCAAGAAGCAGAUAGACAAUUUAAAGACAAAUCAUAAGGGUACCUUCGUAUUGCAAGAUAAUAAGUUUCGUUGGCUUUCGCGCAUCUCAAUUGCUCCGUCAUCUGCAAACAGUGGCUCAAUUCAAGAUCCUUCUGCUAUGGCUGAAAGCAAGGAAGCACAAGCAACGGGCAUGUAUCUCUACUUUCCAUGUGGAAUCAUACGAGGAGCUCUUUCAAACUUGGGAAUCCCUUGUGCCGUUUCUGCUGAUAUAUCAAACCUUCCUGCAUGGAAUUUUCAAUACUGUAUCUCCUUAGUGGUGGGUGCUUUGGAUUGAAAUGGAAAGCCCACAAAGCCCAGAUCAUUCUGCAUGGAAAGUCUUGUAUGUAAAUUGUGCUUAUAUAGCACUAACAUAGGAGUAAUUUGUCCCUUUGAUGUAAUCUCAACAUAAAGAGCAUUGGUGUGAGCCAUUUGCCCACGUCCCAACUUUUUAACUGCAGAGUGAACCAAUUGCUUCUAUCUAGGGUCUAUAUUAUCUGGUUAGUUAAUGUUCCUGAGCAAAAUACAAAAAAAGAAAAAGAAAAGAAGGCCUACCUUUUAACUAAUUUUACAUUUUGUAUCCAAGUCAUGCAAAUUUGUUAAUCUCAUUAGAAAAUAUGCCAAAAUGGUUGCGCAAGCCGUUUACACAAGAAGUAUAAGCAGCAAAAAAUAAAAAUAGUCCACUCUUAAGCCCUCAUUUUCACGUAAGAAUAAACAUUAAAAUCUUUCCAAUGGGACUAUGGGAGGAUAUACAUAUAAGCCACAUGAAGACAAAUCAACACGACAGAUUUAUCCCCCAAGUAUGCAGUGCCACCCCUUGGCAGAUUAUUACCUCUUUUGUUCCGUUGCUUGUCAGCCAUGAUGAUCACAAAGAAGCAACCAAUUCAUGAUCCUACAGGCCUCAGUUUAUCACCUCCAAGCAAUUGACAUCUUAUUGCUGGACAAGGGGAUGAUCCGGCACCCUGAUAAAAAGAAAAGGGAUGAUCUGGCACAUAAUGAAACCAUUUAGGCACCUUAUCUUCCUUGCUAGAAGCCAUGACUCAAAAGGUGGUGGACCUUUCCUGAAAUAGUCGUUGCACCUGUAAUUCUAGUUUGGGAGUACAUUUGCCCGUUUAACCAAAUUAUCAGUCCUCAAAAUGCUUCCACCAGCCCUUGUGUUAUAAGUGACAUGGUGCUUCCUCUUAUCAAUGGGUCCAGUUUGACUCUUACAUCCCCUUGCUUAUCAAAAGGGUAGUGACUGAUCUCCUAAUGAACAACAUAAGAAAUAUUACUGUAAAUCCUCUUCAACACUCAGUCCACCCAAACGAAGUCACCUUGCCAAUGAAAUUUGUUAGUCUAAGGUUUGAAUGACAAGGAAUUGAUGUAGGUUGUUUUUUGUCAUAUUGUUUUUUUCCUCCGAAAAUGAACUAUAUGGAUUGCGAAGCGAGCAAGGCAUAUAGAAGAAAUUGUUUAUUAGAGUAGCUAAACGAACAGGAAAUAAAAUUUGGAGUACAUCAGAUAUCUAGUUUCAUAAUUGAGAUGUUUAGAGUCAAAGUGAUUCGAUGUAUGUUAAAAAAAUUUGUGAUCUCCUACAUUAUGCUUUUUUAUAAAGGCAGUAGGGGGCAACCAACAUGUGCCAACUGUCCUGGACAAGAGGAGCCGGGGGGGAGGUUUGGGUUCUCAUGACGGGCUUGAGCCAUAGUUUAACCCCAGCCCCACCUAGGGCAUAGUGGGAAGGAGCCGGUGAUUUCGGAUUUAAUAGAGAUGCAUCUCUUGAAACGUCGCCCAAGAGAAUCGAACCCAGGUCCUCCUAGUCACCAAUACACUUGGGAGUGAGCAACUUAUCACUUCACCACCACCUAGGCAUAAUCCAUAUACAAUGAUUUUGAAACAAAAGAAAGAGAGAUCAACUACGUAGUAAACCACUUGGGAGUGUGCCAAUCAUCCAUACCCAACUAAAAUGCUUCAAAGAUGAAACAAAUCUUGCUCACCUAAUAUGUUUCAGAAUGUGGGGCCCUUUUUGCUUCAAUCUAAUACCAAGUGGGUGUAUUUCUCGAGUGAAACAACUUAUCAGGCCUUUUGUUCUGCUAGUGGAGCUGAUGGGUAUCAUGAUCAUUGAGGACUUUGCACUUUCGUAAGAGAGAGGUGGAUGCUUGUAAACGAGGCUCAGAUUUACGUUGUGUAUGGAUCUUAGAUUUAUGGAGAGAAUAAGGAGGUGGGAAAACCAAUGUACAGGAAAAAUGAGAAUCCAUCCCGUAUUAUUGGUUCAGCUUUCUAUUAUGGGUUGCCCCAUGUUGUUAGUCCUCUUUGAGAAGUUGAAGUACAUAGUUCGGCCCCGAUUGGACUACAAUCCCAAGGGAUCCCCAAUACAUUGUUUGAUUGUCCAAAAUGUGUAUGGACUACAAGUCCAAGGGGAUUAACAAUCCGGCCCAUAGGGGGAUUGGUAAUACCCCCAUGGACAUGGUAUUGGUAAUCCAAUCCCAAGUGGAGAGAUGGGAAAAGACCAAUUUGCUCUUCGUUAACAAACAUAAUGCCCAAACUAUCCCUAAUCAGGAUCAUCCUACUAUUGCUUUACACUUUUAGUUUCUUAAAGGAGAUUAAAUUCCUUCUGCCGGCGGCGGAAACUAUGGGGUUUUCACCAACAUUUUGGGCCCUCCGGUGCGUUAAUUACUGAUCUGAACCGUUCAUCUUGUAAGGCCCAUAGAGUAGUAAUUUCAUUCAAAAAAUUAGUUUCACCGCACAUCAAUAGGUGUAUAGUUUCACUUGACAGGAUUAGGCCGUUCAUUUUAUAAACUAAAGUUCAACUCUUUUUUUUGGUAAAUCGGGAAUUACCAAUCAAGCUAAACUAAAAUUUUGAUUGGUAAACUAAAGUUCAACUUUUGAUUGGUUUGUCGAUAUCCAUUUUUUUGCGUGAACAUACUACACGUCUACACUAUGGGCCCUACAAGAUGAACGGUUCUGAUUAUAACAAUUAAUGCACUGUGUGGUCCAAAUGGGCGGCGGUGGAAAACCCACCUUUUCCACCGCCGGCGGAAAGAAUUUAAUCUCUUCUUAAAGACGUUUUGUCUAUCCAAGUUUUUUACACUUGGAAUUAUGUGAUAUAAACGGGUUUGUUUUUCCAAUUUUUUUUUACUACGUUUCGUUUUUUCUUAAAUAAAAAAUAUGAUAAUUGAUAUUUAAUAAUUUUUUUUACAAUUUUUGAUUAAAAAAUUACAAAAUGAGUAAUGAUAAUUGCUAAGUUGAAUCUUGACUUGUCAUGGUAAAGAAAAAUAAAAUGCAAAUAGAUUAAAAUGUAUGUCCUCAUUUUGUCUCAGUAAUAAUUAAUGAAUUGAUUUGGUGUGACAUUUUACCUUCCCAUUUUCCCAAACCAACAAAGAAAUAGAAGAAAGAUAGUAGUUAGAGAAUAAAUUCCACACGGAGGGUCCUUGUAGAAGCAAGUUUCCUCCUUCCCAAUAAAAACAAGCCAGCUCACCUAGGGAUGGCAUUUGAGGCAUUCGGGAUGGAUAUUGGUAUAUCCGUACCCGAUCUCCGAAACCGUAAACCGAACCGAAUCCGCCCCUAUACUCGAAAGGAGAGGGGAAGAAUGAACCAUAACCGAACCAAACGUGGUUCAGGUAAUCCCCGAACUGAAUGGGUAACAGAAUUUGAGUUGAUGAUUAGUACCAGAGUCGUCUUCUACAACUGAGCCAUCAACAAGUCUUUUACUCGGAAGCAUAAAGUGCAAUGAAUAGCUGAAACCUCCACAAAACCCCAUUGAUAUGGUCAAAAUUUAGAAACAAAUUAAACAAAUCAAUAUUGGAAAACUUUAUAUACGUAAAUCCAACAAGGAUCGGUGCUAUCGCCGUAAACCAUAACCCUAGCCUAGUUAACAUCAUCAUUUGCGAGAGAUUUGAAAGAAAUACACGAAGAAGAUUAGAGAGUUAAAGAAUGAUUACAAGACAAACAGAGAAAAGGAGGAAGGAAUUUGAGCUU